AGCCGAAGGAUGUCCUGCUCCGACCUGUGCGCCUCUCCCUGCGGGGUGGCCGGCCCGGCCCCGCUCGCCAACUCCUGCAACGAGCCCUGCGUGCGGCAGUGCCCCGACUCCACGGUGGUGAUCCAGCCCCCGGCCGUGGCGGUCACCAUCCCCGGGCCCAUCUUAAGCUCCUUCCCGCAGCACAGCAUCGUGGGCUCGGCGGGAGUCCCCGGCAUUGCAGGGGGCUACGGCGGCACCUUUGGAGGCCGUGGGGGCUACGGAGGCCUUGGGGGUUUUGGAGGCCUUGGGGGUCUCAGAGGCUUUGGGGGCUACGGCAGCCUUGGGGGCUACGGGAGCUGCGGUUCCGGGGGCCUUGGCCACCGCUACCUCAACGGCAACUGCGGGCCCUGCUAA